AUGUUCAAUCAGGGCUUUGGAGGCAGUGAGAUAGCAGGAAAUGCAGAUUCAAAUGCUCUUUGUGGCUUUAAGGUUUACCAUGGGAAUGGGACCUUUAAGGAUGUUGUGAUACUUGAAGACUAUAAGGGCCUAGGGAGAAGGGCCAUGUUUAUUCAUCUCCCUAACCUACUGCCUACACCUUUGCUUGACCACAGGAGGUGCCAGACAUGCUACCUGAAUAAAAGUUACAAUGAUGUACAGGACGAUGAAGUCUUUUGGUUAGAACUGAACAAAACAAUAUAUGGAUAUGUCAAAAUUAAGCACCCCUGGGUGGAACCCAGAGGCAUUGACAGUAGGGUGCACAGAAAAUUCAAGACCCAGAUCUCAAUGCCCAACAUUGGUUACGGGAGCAACAAGAAAACAAAGCACACGCUGCCCAGUAGCUUCCAGAAGUUCCUAGUCCACAACGUCAAGGAACUUGAAGUGCUGCUGAUGUGCAGCAAACCUUACUGUACGGAGAUUGCUUAUAAUGGCUCCUCCGAGAACCGCAAAGCCAUUGUGGAACGAGCAGCCCAGCUGGCCGUCAGAAUCAUCAAACCCAAUGCCAGGCUGCGCAGCGAAGAAAAUGAAUAG